AUGAAAUGCUUAUUUGGAGAUCUAGUGACUUCCUUUUUGGAAAACAACUCCCCAAAUAAAACCUUACAUUUCUAUCACUGUAUUAACUCUCAACAUUUUCCCUCCAGUCCUGAAUUGUCAUCGCCACUUCCUAUUGAUGAUAUCUCAACAUUGGGAGGCGCUAUUCUCAGUGUUCCAUAUCCAAGUGUGACUUCCUAUGAAGGUACCUCAGAGAAUAACUUGGAGAGGCAGGAGGAGAAUAUUAGUAAUGAAAUUGAGAAUGUGAUAGAGGAAUCCACAAAACUGGCAGAUGAGCAGAUUGCAGAGUUCAGUAUCCACCUUUUGGGGGAGCAAUACUUGGAAGAACUCCAGGAUCCCUCUAGUUUUCACCAUCAGCGCCUUGUAGAAGAGUUCAUUUCAGAGGUUGAAAAUGCGUUUACUGGAUUACCUGGCUACAAAGACAUACGUAUACUUGACUUUAGGUCCCCCAAGGAAAAUGGCAGUGGCAUAGAUGUUCAUUACACAGUUACCUUCAAUGGUGAAGCCAUCAGCAAUACCACCUGGGACCUAAUUAGCCUUCACUCCAACAAGGUGGAAAACCAUGGUCUUGUGGAAUUGGAUGAUAAGCCCACUGUUGUUUAUACAAUUAGUAACUUCAGAGAUUAUAUUGCCGAGAUGCUGCACCAGAAUUUUUUGAUGGGGAACUCUUCCUUGCAUCUGGAUCCUGAUUCCCUUCAACUUAUCGAUGUGAAAGGAGCUUUACUUCCUCAAACUGAAGAGCGAGUUUGGAACACCCGAAGCUCGAGUCUUCAGACAACUCCACCAUCUAUUCUGGAUAAUACUGAAUGGCCCUCAGCAGAUGAAUCCAACAUCAGCAGUAUUUCACCACUUGAUUUCAGUUCUGGUCCUCCUUUAACCACUGACAGGAAACUUGGGUUAGAAAGCCCUGUGGAUGAUUUAGUGUCUAUACCCAAAUUAACCUUUCCCUCAAAGCUAGGCCUCAGUUCAUCUCCAGAGAUUUUAGAGGCGAGCAGUUUGACUCUUCAUUCUGUCACCCCAGCAGAGCCUCACACUGGCUUGCCUGUGCCUUCUGAGGAAAGGACUUCUGGAUCUUACUCAUUAGAAAAUGGAUUAACUAAAGUGGAAGUGUCAGAAGAUUUUCUUUCUAUCGAUCCAUUGCCUUUAAAUCCAUUAACUCAUCUUGUGCCAAAAGAAACAGUACCACCCAUUGAAGACUCUGAUGUGUUUUUGACAUCCCCACCGUAUCUGGCCUCCUCUGUCACAUUAGAUCUUAUUACUAAAGAAAUAACUACAACUUUUGGCUUGGACUCUCUAGCUUCCAAAAUAAAAAAUCAAUUAGAAAUGAGUAGUUUGAUGCCAGACACAUCUGUGGAAAAAGAGUUCAUAUUUGACAGUGGUUUAGGUUCAGGGUCUGGCCAUAAGGUGGAUCUGAUUACUUGGCCAUGGAGCAAGACUUCAUUAGAGAAGAGCACUAAACCACUGUCCAAGUCAUGGCUUGAAGAUGAGGAUUCACUUUUGCCACCUGAAGAUGUAGAUGAGAAACUUCUUAUAGAUGACAAAAUAGAUUCCAUGGGCCAAAGUACUGAGCAUUCAAAGUAUGGGCAUUUUAACAGUUCCACAAACACCACAGAAAAAGAACUUGUUGCAGAGACCACAGCACAGUCUGCAUCUCUAAUUCUCUCCAAGCAUCUACCAGAGAUACCGGACAAUGAUUAUUAUUAUUCAGUUACCAGAGCACCUUUUCUACAGCCAUCUAUAGCAAUUUCUGCUGCUUCUGAUAAAUCACAUCAAGAAGAAGCUUUUCUACAGGAAACUACAGAGCCAUUCAGCCGUGAAUGGUUUCAUAGCAAGGCUUCAAUAGAGAAGCCAGAUAUGAGACCUCUGUGGACCACAUUGCCAGAAUCCGAUGUAGUUUGGGCACGAACUUCUUCCCCAGGGAAAUUGUCCAGAGAUACAUUGGCAGGAACACUACAGAAUAUUGACGAUCUCAGUUUGAAAGCUACACAGUCUACCAAAUUGCCCCCAACCACAGGCUCUGUUCUGCAAGAAGAUGAAGUAAUUAUGGGCGUACAGGAUAUUUCAUUAGAACUAGACCAGGCUGGCACAGAUUAUUAUCAGUCAGAGAUAAUCCAUGAGGAAAAUGGCAAGGUUGGUAGUUAUGUGGAUAUGUCUACAAAUGUUCACUCCUCAGAGAUGACUAUUAUGACUCAGCCUACAAAAGUAGGUGACUCAAGCUAUACCCAGGCCCCAGGAACUUUGGUAGUUUUCUUCAGCCUUCGAGUGACUAACAUGGUGUUUUCAGAAGAUCUAUUUAACAAAAACUCCUUGGGAUAUAAAGUCCUGGAGCAAAGAUUCUUAGAAUUGCUGGUUCCCUAUCUCCAGUCAAAUCUCACAGGGUUCCAGAAUUUAGAAAUCCUGAACUUCAGAAACGGCAGUAUUGUGGUGAACAGUCGAAUGAAGUUUGCCAACUCUAUACCUCCUAAUGUCAACAAUGCUGUAUAUAUGAUUCUGGAAGACUUUUGCACCACAGCCUAUCAAACCAUGAACUUGGCUAUUGAUAAAUACUCCCUUGAUGUAGAAUCAGGUAAUCAAGCCAACCCUUGCAAAUUUCAAGCAUGCAAUGAAUUUUCUGAGUGUUUGGUCAACCCCUGGAGUGGAGAAGCAGAGUGCAGAUGCCACCCUGGAUACCUGAGUGUGGAAGAACUGCCCUGUCAGAGUCUCUGUGACCUACAGCAUGAUUUCUGCUUGAAUGAUGGGAAGUGUGAUAUUAUGCCUGGACAUGGGGCCUUUUGUAGAUGCCGGGUAGGUGAGAACUGGUGGUACCGAGGUGAACACUGUGAGGAGUUUGUGUCCGAGCCCCUAGUGAUAGGCAUUACGGUGGCUUCUGUGGCUGGAUUGAUCCUCAUCUUGUCUGCAGUCAUCUUCUUCAUUGUCAAGACUCUUCAAACUCAGUAUAUUAUGAGAGAAAGAGAAAGGCGCUUCAGCAGGCAGCCUGAUAGCCUGUCCUCCGUGGAAAAUGCUGUGAAGUACAACACUGUGUACGGAAGUCACAUGGCCAGACUCAAGCAGUAUGAGGGCCCUUAUCCUCUGCAUCCUUUCUGCUGCCCUGCAGGUGGAGAGAUGAUUAGUGGUCUGAGCAGGGAAGAGAUCAGACGAAUGUAUGAGAACAGUGAGCUUUCCGGAGAGGAAAUUCAAGAAAGAAUGAGAAUUUUGGAACUAUAUGCCAAUGAUCCUGAGUUUGCAGCUUUUGUUAGAGAACAUCAAAUGUAAGCCUCUAAUUGGGAUCUUAAUGGUUUGCCUUAGAGUUGUGUCACCAGUAUGAGCACAUAAAUUCUGUCUAUA